AUGCGCCUUCGACCGUCUGAGCAACAGUGGAUAUUCCCCAAAUCUGCGCUGUCGCGUACCCCAUCCCAUGCCGACGGCCACUCUCUCGAAAGCGAACUCCGAUCUCGCAGAGAAUGUAUCAGAGACAUUCGCUCCCUCCUCCUUCGCACGAUUCAAGAAACGAACGGCCUCAAUGUAGACGACUCCAAACGCACCCACAAGCUGGCACAACACUUCCGCGGUCUUUUGACCGUCUGCGCUACCCUCGUUCAUCGCUUCUACAUGCGCCGCUCUCUGAAAGACUUUGGGAUCCCUGUGGUGGCGGGAACAAUUUUGUGGAUGGCCAGCAAGAUUGAUGAGUCGUCGUUGAAACUGAGGUAUAUUGUGAACAAUUGUUUGCACAAGUAUCACCCUUUCGAGGAAGGGUACACUCCUUGGAUUAUCAAGGAUGUUGAACGCGCUCCUAGUGCGGGACACAGCGAGUUUGAGAAUAGUAUCGUGAACACUGAACAAAUAGCCCUCGAAGCGCUCUGCUUCGAUCUUGACAUUGAACAGCCAUGGGUUAUUCUCUGGAGGAGUGUCAAGGGGCUCGAUGAGCUAUCUGGUGUGGAGGACAGGAAGAGUGGUGAGAAGGCGAAUGGACAUGGCUCUGGGGUGAAAGUUUCAGAAGCUUUGGUGACUGCUUUGGGGUGGCCAAUCUUAUCAGAAAUAUCACUAUCACCGAUGCCAAUUUUGUAUCCCGCCUCAACAAUUGCAUUCGCGACGUUUGCCAUCAUAAUAUCAUCAAUCGAGAGCGUACCCCUAUGCCAAGGCCUUUCUGCCGCGGCGGAGUUGGGAGACAAGUUUCAUCUGGAUGUGCGCUUCUCGGAGGAAGGUCCUGUGGGGAAUGAUCUGGAGAUGAUCAGCGGUUGUCUGGAGUCGUUCCGUGAAUAUGUAAAGAUGGAACUGAUAAGUUUCGAUUACGUCAGAUAUAUCCUGCCUGACCCAGAAGGUGGUUUGUCCAAACCCGCGAAGCGCCGCUUCGGUCCCAACUCGACAGUUGGAGAGGCUUCUUCGGACGGCACCACAGAAAAAGGCAAGGAUGAAGGGAAAGAACAGUCGGGCUCGAGCCAAGAGCAAGCGCAGAGGGUUGAGAGGACGAAGAGAGACGCGGAGGAGGGCGAAAUGGCAUCACGGUCGCAGGCGGUUAUCGGGGGCGCUGAACACUCAACCCCUACACCGCAGUCACGACCGGCUACUCCCGCUCCUCCAGACUCUGCCGUAUAA